AUGGAAAACUCUCUGAAGCAGGACAACCAGCAAAAGGUUGAGCAAACUGUAAAGGCAAGUUUACAGCAAACAAUGGAGCGUUCGAUGAAGGAAAUUGAACAAGCCUCAAAGGGAAGGCAUAGUAACCUCCAAGACUUGCUAUUGAGACUGGAGAAAAAUGAUAAGGAAAGGCUCGAGAAAGUGAGCUCUAAGCACGACACAAGCAUGCAGGCCAUGGAAAACUCUCUGAAGCAGGGGUUAGAGACAAUUGAAUCCGAAACAAGUGACGGAUUGGAAGAUCUUAAAAAUCACUUGAAUUUCCAUGUAAGCAACAUUCGGCAACAUCAAUUCGAACAAAUCAAAUCGUACCAAGAAAAGUCGGAAAUCGAGGUUAAGAAAAUAGGUGAAAACAAGAAUACCCUUGAAAUGCUUACCAAUUUGGUACGAAUGGAAUUAAGAGAUUUUAACGGAAAUGAAGGAUACGCUAAGUACGACAGGUUUGAGAUCGGUAGCGAAUCGGAGAUGUAUGCGUUGAAGAAUUUAGGGACAUACUCAGGGACAGCAGGAGAUGCGAUGCGAUACAACAUGGAUGAAAAGUUUAGUACGUUCGAUCGAGACAAUGACAAUAGUGAGACGUACGGGAAGCGUACUGAGUCUUCGCAGGCCCAACAGCUGCCACCGCGUGAAGGACAAUUUCUGCAAUCUUUUCCCCAGCUGAAUGCUAAACGAUACGACAAUCUUGGCCUUGCUACGGCUUCCAGGGUGGACACAUCGCUCUAG